UCAGUUUUGCAAAAUGAAAAGGUUCUGGAGAUCUGUUGCAUAACAAUUUGAAUAUAUGUAAUACUACUGAACUGUACACUUAAAAUGGUUAAGAUGGUAAAUUUUAUGUUAUGCAUUUUUAGCACAAUAAAAAGAUGCAUGAAAGAACAUGGAGACAAAGUACAAAUUCCCAACAAAUCAAGUGGUGCAGCCUUGGCUCUCAAUGUAUUUACCCGGGCAACCACUGUCUUGGCUGCCCAGACUGGAUGUGCGCGUGGAGUGGGAAAGGUGUGCGUGAAGAGAAGAAACGAAGACUGCUUGCUGCGUCCCAACCCCCGGCCCCCUGGGGGCUGACAGAUGGCCAUGGAUCUGUACCUCAGCAACUGCUAUAACAUUGCCCAAGCUGCCGCCGCUAAGGCGGCUGCCAGCAGCCUAACUGCCGACAGGCUGCAGUGCGACUCCAGCUCUCAAAAAAACCCCAUUCCAGAGGUGGGAGCCGCUCAUCUACUGAAUCUUCCUCUUGGGGUCAAGCUGCCUACAAAUUUAAGUGAAAAGGUCAGUAGCCAAGGUUUGGUCAACACAUGCCAUCACCAACAAAAGUCAACAUCUAAAAGAAGCAAUAAUCAACCGACUAACUGCAGCACUGUUUCAAUGGCCAUCACUGCUGAUUGUUUCUCUUCUAGGAAAGAUAUGGGCUUCCUGUUUAGUUUCAAUGUAAAUUAAAUCAUUGCCCAGAAGGAUGUCUUUCUUUACCUUUACAAGAAGACAUUCGUAGUCAGGGAAUCCAGCUUCCUUAUAUAGGUCCCUUGGGAGAGACAAGAAGCUGGCAUCAAUCAAGUAGUCAGAAACUUACAAAAGAAGCUUUUAAAUGGAAAAACAAAGCUAGAACCCAUCAUGCCCCUUCCUGUCUGCUCCUCUGCUCAUAUUUAGUACCCU